UGUGCCAUCUUCGGCCUCGGAGGAGUUGGCCUCUCUGUCGUCAUGGGCUGCAAGGCAGCUGGAGCUUCCCGCAUCAUUGCCGUGGAUAUCAACAAGGACAAGUUUGCCAAGGCCAAGGAGCUGGGAGCCACCGACUGCAUCAGCCCUCAUGACUACAAGAAGCCCAUCCAGGAGGUGCUCACUGAGAUGACAGGACAGGGUGUGGACUACUCCUUUGAGGCCAUUGGCUAUGCAGAAACCAUGAUUGCUGCCCUGGCUUCCUGCAAUAUGAGCACUGGCGUUUUUGUGAUGAUUGGGGAAGUGGAUUCCGGUUCAAAGAUUUCCGUCGAUCCUACGCUUCUGCUAACUGGGCGUACAUGGAAGGGGUCAGUGCUUGGAGGCUGGAAGAUAAGAGAUUCUAUCCCCAAAUUAGUUUCCAGCUAUUUGGAGAAGAAAUUCAAUUCAGACUUGCUGAUCACGCACACGCUGCCCUUCGCUAAAGUGAACGAGGGAUUUGAGUUGUUACGUGCAGGAAAAAGUAUUCGCACCGUCCUGCUCUUCUGAGGGACACAGCCAUGGAAAGCUGAGAGGAAGGACCAGCCCAGCAGAUGCUCUCCUGGCCCACGCCCUUCUCAACCAGCCCCUCGCCUUGUGGGGCACAAGGACACAAGAAGAAGGAACUCGCCUAUGCUGGUCUUGCUGCUGCUCUUCCUGUGCCCAGACAAGACCCAGAAGGAUCCCUCUUCUGAGAAAACACUUUUACCAAUAAAGGG